CUCAGUAUAAGUAUUAGAAUCUCUGAGUAAAUCUUGUACAAUUCAACAAGAUAAAUAUUUUACUUUACGAUGGGUUAUUGUAAAAGUUUAUCUUCUUUAGCUUUACUUGUGAUCAGUUUAAGUCUUAUUCUGAUAUUAAUAAACAACAUUAAUGGAGCUGAAGCUUCGAGGCUGAUGAAGAAGGUGAAGUUGGAUGAUCAGUCAAGGAGGCAGCUUCUCAAAGACGGAAUUGGCCUUACUCCUCAGAUGGGAUGGAAUAGCUGGAACCAUUAUCAUUGUGAUAUCGACGAAGGAAUGAUUAGAAACACAGCGGAUGCAAUGGCAUCCACCGGGCUUGCUGCACUUGGUUACGAGUAUAUAAAUCUGGAUGAUUGCUGGGCUGAGCUUGAUAGAGAUUCUCAGGGUAAUAUGGUGCCUCACAAAACAAGAUUUCCUUCCGGAAUCAAAGCACUUGCAGAUUAUGUUCACAGCAAAGGCUUGAAGCUCGGAAUUUACUCUGAUGCUGGAACUCAAACAUGUAGCAACACUAUGCCUGGGUCAUUAGGCUUCGAAGAACAAGACGCAAAGACCUUUGCUUCAUGGGGAAUUGAUUAUCUCAAGUAUGAUAACUGCAAUAACAAUAACAUAGACGUUAAACAGAGGUACCCCAUAAUGUCGAAAGCCUUGCUAAAUUCGGGAAGAUCCAUCUUUUAUUCACUGUGUGAAUGGGGCCAAGAGGACCCUGCAACAUGGGCACCAGCCCUCGGAAACAGUUGGAGAACUACAGGAGAUAUAUCUGAUAACUGGGAUAGCAUGACUUCAAGAGCAGAUCAAAAUGACAGAUGGGCGUCGUAUGCUGGUCCGGGUGGAUGGAAUGAUCCUGACAUGUUGGAAGUUGGAAACGGAGGAAUGACGGCUGCAGAAUAUCGAUCUCAUUUCAGCAUUUGGGCAUUAGCCAAGGCUCCUCUAUUGAUCGGAUGUGAUCUUACCGCAAUGGAUAAUAAGACAUUGGAAAUACUUAGCAAUAAAGAGGUUAUUAAUGUCAACCAAGAUAAACUCGGAACUCAAGGGAAAAAAGUUAAGACCGACGGAGAUUCAGAGGUUUGGGCUGGCCCGCUCGAUGGUACUAAAAUAGCGACCGUAUUAUGGAAUCGAGGAUCGUCAACAACUAAUAUAACGGCUUAUUGGUCGGAUAUAGGUCUUAACCCAUCAACAGUUGUGGAUGCACGCGAGUUAUGGACGCACCAGACUCAAAGCUCAGUUAAUGGUCAACUAUCUGCAAGUGUGGAUUCACAUGAUUGUAAGAUGUUUGUACUUACUCCGCUAUGAUCCAUUAGAUCAAAUUAUUUAAAGGACAUGGUGAUGUAUUAUGUGAUAGUGAUGUACCAUGUGCGAGAUUAUCAUGUGAAAAUUAUUUACAAAUCAAAUAAAGAGAGUUUGUUAUACUGUAUAA